UCACGUCCGCACUUGAACUUGAGUUUUCUCCCAUCGUAGAAGCCAGAGAGCCACACAGAGCCGCUCAGAGCCGCACGCACAGUCCAGGGGAUGCGGGACUCACAGAGAGCAAACACAGUGGCUUUGCUUUGACUCGAACAGUUAAAGUCUCACCCGCCCGGCCGCUGCUGUCAGUGCAGUAGAAGUGCCAGCCACUUGGCCACAUUUCGAGAAGUGCCGGGAAGAAAACUGGAUUCCUUUUUUACGCACGUCUCCACCGCGCAGGAGCGGGCAGUGUCCGGCGUGGCCGGAUAGUGGACACAGGUAGAGACUGACCAUCAGGAGGUGACCUCUCGCCUCCUUCCGUCUCUCCAUCCUUCACUCUCCGCUCCUCUCUCGUCUCGCCGCUGACAGAUGGUGUAAAAGCGACGGAGAGAACAGUGACCCCCUCCCUCACCUCAGAUCGAAGAAAGGAGGCGCACAGACACUUUGGCACCGAACUCCGAACGAGCGCCCGGCGCUGCGCCACGGCCGGCCACCGCGGAACGCAGGAGCCACUGCCCGCUGAAGAGAUCACCUCCAGGGCGAGAUUCGGCCCAGCGUCUAGUGGUCAGCUCGGGGGGCCAACAAGCAGGCUGUUUGUGGGCGGAUUGGUCGGUUAUUGGAGCCGGAGCGGGAAGAGGAGGAGGAGAAGGAGAGCCGACCCUUCCAGCGCCGCUCUCCGGGCGAUGCCAGUGUAAAUGCCAGGGCGAUGUCCCGACGCAAGCAGGGGAAUCCGCAGCACCUGUCCCAGAGAGAAAUAACGCCGGAGGUGGAGCAUCCAGAUGGCGCUUUGCUCUCCGAAUCCCUACCCUCCAACCCACUCACCCUGCCCUCCAAUCCACUUGGCCUACGUCCCCAUCCUUUGGACCCCAGCUUGGCUCACACCCUGCCGCCUGGCCUCCACUCUGACCACGACCUGCUCACUUGCGGCCAGUGCCAGAUGACUUUCCCGUUGGGCGACAUAGUCCUCUUCAUUGAGCACAAGAAGAAGCAGUGCCAAACACCGCUGCUGGCCAACGGCUGUUAUGACAAGAUGAACGACCGAGGAGGAGGAGGACAAGGAGACAGUCCAACUCUGCAGAGCCUUCAUCACUACGCGCAGAGGGUGGAGCUAAGAAAGGUGUUGGAGCCAGUAGAGGUCGGCAUCCAGGUGACACCAGAGGAGGAAGAUGAGGUGGGAGGAAGAGGGGAACGAGGUGAGAGAGGAGAGAAGACACCAACCAAAGGAAUUUUCCCGAAGCAGGAAAACAUGCUAUCAGGUGGAAGGGAUGAGCCCUCAAGCUAUACGUGUACCACCUGUAAGCAACCCUUUCCCAGCGCCUGGUUCCUGCUGCAGCAUGCCCAGAACACCCACGGCAUUCGCAUUUACCUGGAGUCCAGCCCCUCCAGCACAACCCUCACCCCACGCCUCACUAUGCCUCCACCCAUUGGCAACGACUCCAUCCCACAGUCCCCCCUCACCAACUUUCUAGGGGAUAACAACCCUUUCCACCUACUGAGGAUGACAGCACCCCUGCUCCGUGAACCUCCCCCAGGCUUUGUAGAGAACCGUCUCCCCAGUACGCCUCCAUUUGUCACUCCACCUCCCCGCCAUCACCUGGACCCCCAUCGCCUGGACCCCCAUCGCCUGGAACGCCUUAGUGCAGAGGAAAUGGGCCUCAUCUCCCAGCACCCCAGUGCCUUUGAAAGGGUGAUGCGGCUAACACCUAUGGCCAUGGAGUCCCAGUCUAUGGACUUCUCCAGGCGGUUACGAGAGUUAGCAGGGAACACUAACAGCACCACACCACCAUUAUCACCCAACAGGCCUAACCCUAUGCAUCGACUACUAAACCCUAAUCCCUUCCAGCCUGGGCCAAAAUCGCCAUUUCUGAGCACUCCUCCAUUGCCACCAAUGCCCCCAAACAGCACCACCCCUCCCCAGACGCAGAACAAGAUCAAGUCCUGUGAGUUCUGUGGUAAAACCUUCAAGUUUCAGAGCAACUUGGUAGUACAUCGGCGCAGCCAUACUGGAGAAAAACCAUACAAGUGCCAGUUAUGUGACCACGCUUGCUCUCAGGCAAGCAAGCUGAAGCGCCACAUGAAGACCCACAUGCACAAGGCUGGAUCCCUGACGGGGCGUUCAGAUGAUGGCUUAUCCACCACGAGCUCCCCAGAACCAGGCACCAGUGACGUGCCAGGUGAGGGCAUGAAAAACCGUGAUGGGGAUUUCCAGGGGGAAGGCAACGAAGAGGAAGAAGAGGAGGAAGAGGAAGAGGAGCUUGAGAAUGAGAGUCGACCAGAAUCAAAUUUCAGCAUGGAGUCUGAGUUCUACCGGAACAGAGAGAAUGGUUCUAAACCUCUGUCAGAGGAGAAGUCGUCCCUUGGCCUUGAGAAGAUAGUGGAAGGUGGGGGACUCAAUUCUAUACAGCAGUACAAUAAUUUGAUAGUUGACAAUCGUAAAAGGAUGCCCUUCUCAAAGAGGGCCCUGGAUGGCCAGCGGGACACUGGAGAUGAGGAUUCAGUGGCUGGGGAAAUAGACGACCACCAACGGGAAGAGAGGACAACCAUUAAUGGCCGGAACUGUGGCUCCGGUGAUUCUUUCUCAGGUCUGUUCCCCCGUAAGCCCACCCCCAUUACCAGCCCAACCCUGUCCAACUCAUCAAAUAAGAGGAUCAAGAUAGAAAAGGACUUGGACAUUCCCCCCGUACCCCACAUUCCUUCUGAGAAUGUGUACUCCCAGUGGUUGGUUGGCUAUGCUGCCUCACGCCACUUCAUCAAAGACCCUUUUCUAGGCUUCAGUGACUCCAGACAAUCGCCCUUUGCCACCUCCUCUGAGCACUCUUCAGAGAAUGGCAGCCUGCGCUUCUCAACCCCUCCAGGUGACUUGCUAGAUGGGGGUUUGUCUGGCCGCAGCGGCACCGCCAGCGGGGGCAGCACACCUCAUCUAGGUGGUGGCCCUGGUCCAGGUCGACCUAGUUCCAAGGACAGCAGGAGGUGCGACACCUGCGAGUUCUGUGGUAAGGUGUUCAAGAACUGUAGCAACCUGACGGUGCACCGGCGUAGUCACACUGGUGAAAGGCCCUACAAGUGUGAGCUGUGCAACUAUGCCUGUGCCCAGAGCUCCAAGCUCACACGCCACAUGAAGACACAUGGCCAGCUUGGUAAGGAGGUCUAUCGCUGUGACAUUUGCCAAAUGCCCUUCAGCGUGUACAGCACCCUGGAGAAACAUAUGAAAAAGUGGCAUGGAGAACAUUUGAUGACCAGUGAGGUCAAACUUGAACAAACAGAGAGGGCCUAAAGCUAAUUCCCUGUUUCCGUAUUCUUUGACUUCAAAAUAACAAAAAGGGGUAGCUGGAUACUUUUUUAUAAGAUUAAUUAAUUUUGGGUUAAUUUUAAUUGCGUCUUUUAUUAAAUAAACUGCCAACUGAGAAAAAAAAAAGUGAAAACAGAGAUCAACUGAAGCUGUCUAAACUGCCUUAUGUGGCAUUCGUUUUUAAACAAUCCGUCAGUUGAGUUAUAAAAUAUAUGGAGCCUUUAACUGUGCAAUAAUUUCUGUAUUUAUUGGAUUUUGUAUUUUGGCAUGUGCAGGUACAUUUUUAUUAGAAUUUUUUUUAUUGUUUUCUUUUGCAUUACUGUUUUUUUUUAAACCCACGUGAUAUCCUGAGAGUUCCUUAGAGGACAGAAAUCCAUUUUGUCUCUUUAUUUUUUGGCCACUUCUUGUAGGAAAUUGUAUAUUAAGCUAAAUGUGUAAUUUCUUGAAAAGCUGAAUCAAUCUUCAAUUUGAAAGUGGCGUUAACUGAGAAUGCUAGAAUUAGUCUAUUUUAUGUGAUACGCGAACAACAAUCCUUUGGCAUUGUAGCAUGAACUGACUCUAAAACAUGUCAACCUAAUUUGAUAUAUAGCACCGAGUGUCAUAUUUGACGAUAAAUGUAAAAUGAAAGAGGAUCCCAAGGUUCGUAAACCCCGUCUCCUCAUGAAAACACCCUAACCGGCCACAAGAAACUGAUGAUAGGUAAGGCAGCUGCUGACUGCUACAUAGUGCCGAGCUCCGACAACGCUACAACAUCUUUCCCUUUGUUUUGUUUUAAUACCAUCUCAUCUACAUUCAUACACCCAUGCACUCUUUUGCAUGAAGCCAUAUGAUCUGUGUUAUUUAUUAGGAGAGAGCGCGAAGCCAUCACGAGUAUGCGUAGCAAGAAACAGAACAAUGAGACCGAGCGAACACAGGGACAUCUCAGGGUAAACUGUACUACUUUCCUUUAUUUACCUGUUCACUCCUGUGUUGCCCCUUGGCAAACAACUUGCAAAGCAUUUAUUUCAUCAUAGGUUGUAAUCAUUAGAGGCCGUUUUACCCCUCACAUGGCUAAAGUUUUAGCCUUAACAUCCACCAGCUCACAAGUGUCCUCUUUAAUCCUAUGAUUAGGUUCAAUUCUUCCACUUUGUAUGGAAUCUGUAUGUAUUUGGCACACAUGGAUGGCAAACUUGUAAUGGAAGGGUCGUUAAGAAAUUUACAUUUAGAUUUGCAUAAGCAAAAAUUACAUAGAAACAGUACACGUCAAGCCUAAACAGGUCACUGGCAACCUAGUGGAUGUUAAGACCUCAAAGUUUGAUUUCUAAAAUAAUAAAAAAAUAAUAAUAGCCAGAUCCCUAUGCAUUUUGUGCUAAAAUACAUGACAAUUUGUUGAACUUGCAUUAGUAGUAAAUUUGGACUUAUUGCAUUCUAGUGCUUGUACAGUUUGAUUGA